GUGAUAAGCUGAGAAAGAUGCCUCUUGCUAAGCGUGAUUGUAUUCUCUCUUGUUCACGAAGAAAAUAAGAGUUCUAAAUAUUUGGAACUAUGUCAGAGCCCGAGAGGCAGGAUGCUCCCAAAGUGAGUCCAUUACUGGACUUCGUCGCAGGAACUGUUGCUGGAAGUGCGGCUUUGGCCGUAGGCUUUCCGUUUGAUACUGUCAAAGUUCGCUUUCAAGACCCUGGUGUUGCCGGCAGGUACCGUUCGACUUUCCAGGCGUUGACUGUCAUUUCCAGAAAAGAAGGAUUUCUUGCUUUAUUCCGUGGUAUCACCUCUCCGUUGGCCACAGCAGCACCUUUGAAUGGCCUCGUGUUCGCAUCCUAUCGUCUUUUCAUGCAUUCUCAGCUUGAUAAUGAUGAUACUGAUCCAACACUAAGUCAAGUUGCACUUGCAGGAGCUGGAAGCGGAAUUGUUUCGUCGCUAAUCACGACUCCAACCGAACUCAUCAAAAUUCACCAGCAGACUUUGCAAUCUCGACUUCACAACCAACGACUUCCUACCGCUGCCGAGGUCGCGAUGAAAAUCAUUCGACAACAUGGCUUACAAGGACUAUACCGUGGCAUCACAUCUACCGCCCUUCGAGACAUAGGUUAUGGCGCCUAUUUUGCUGCGUACGAGGCAACACUGAUGUAUUUUCCAUCGCCAAAGCCUUCGCCUCAUGACCAUUCGUCUCUCCUAGAUGAGGCUGACUCCUCAAUAGCGACGCACUCUUGGUCUGCACUACUGUUAGCAGGUGGGCUCGCUGGUAUUGCAGGUUGGCUAGCGACAUUCCCGUUCGACGUGAUUAAAACACGUAUUCAAUCCUCCUUUGGCUCUGGGCCUGAGAACCCAUAUCGCAAUACCUGGUCUACUAUUAUCCAUUCAUAUCGCCAGGAAGGUCUCAGAGUCUUCUUUAGAGGUCUUGCACCUACGCUGGUUCGGUGCGUCGGUUUCAUUUCGUCCUUCUGGGCUGUUGUCUGUGGUGCUGAGGAAAUAAACGAAUCAGCGCUGUUCCUGUCAAUAUGGUGACGUUCGCGACCUUCGAAACAGUAGUUCACAUAUUUUCGUAGCUUCAGGCUUCUCUGCUCGAACGAAAAUAUUUCACCUGCCCAUCAUGCAUAUACACUCAACGCUCGCAUACACGACCAUCAUACCCUAUAGAAUGAUGUCUACCCUUAUCGUAGGAGGGUGUAAACUGAAUGCAAGUGCCCUUUCAUGAUACCUGACGUAACGUCGGUGAGCUUUCAGGAUAUUAACUCAUAGUAUAAGAAUUAUCAGGGGUAUCGGUAUACGUUGCGGAAUAUUGUAUUCGUGAACAAAGUGACUAGUGUGGGCCAGAGUUCUGUCGUUUGCUAAUUGGUCUCCCAUCCUCAUUCGGACCUGGCUUCUUCUUGUGAGAAAUGAGGAUACCGAUGGAACCACCGAGAGAACGGCCUCGAGAAGGCCGUCGUUCCACAGCCUCUCCAAACAAAUCUGGUGACAUUGGCAUCGACGAUGUCGAAAGCUGCGUAUCUGCUGUAGUAGCGAGCUGUGCCACAAUCUCG